AGCCCAGGGAGAGGGGACGCGAUACAAGGACGUCUAGAAGAGGCCUCCGAGGUCAUUUCUUUUGAGCUUCCCAGAAAAGUGCGGCGGCCCGCCCUCCUGGGGGGUGUGGGCGGGGCUUAGCCGUCUCCUUUCGGCACUUGGCUGGUCUGCAUACCUGUGUGGUGGGCACCAGCGUAAGCAAGAUCGCCGGGGAAUGUUGGGUGUGGAGCCGGUCCUUCUGAGGGAAAGGGAAUAGCGGGAGCACGUAAGGUCUUCUCGUCAGCGGUGAGCGGUUCUGCUGGGAAGAAAUGAUGGGGCUCCCUCUCCGGAGCGAGGGGGCGGGGCCUCGCCCUCUCCCGGGUGUGCUAUAUAGGGCACUGACCUGGCCGCUCUGGAGCGAAGACAGCUCCGGACUUGGGAUCAUCGGAGUAAUAGAAGCACCAUGGAAAAUCCUGAAAAUACAGUAGAUUCAAGAUCCACUGAAAGUUCAGGAGUAAAUAUCUUCCAUGAUAGGAAGUCAGCACAAUCUCAACUCUCAUCAGACCAGUAUAAAAUGGAUUAUCCAGAAAGGGGGUUAUGUGUAAUAAUCAACAAUGAAAAAUUUCACCCAAACAUUGGCAUGCCAUCUAGGUCUGGUACAGGUAUAGAUGGAGCACAACUCAGGGAAGCAUUCGAGAGCUUGAAAUAUGAAGUCAGGGAUAAAAAAGAUCUGACACGUAGAGAAAUAAAGGAGUUACUGGACAAUGUUUCUAAAGAAGAUCACAGCCAGAGGAGCAGUUUUAUUUGCAUCAUUCUAAGUCAUGGUGAAGAAGAAAAAAUCUUUGGGACAGAUGGAUCUCUUGAACUGAAAGAAUUAACAUCUUUCUUUAAAGGGGAUCAGUGUAGAACUCUAGUAGGAAAACCAAAGAUUUUUAUUAUUCAGGCAUGUAGAGGCACCAAAUCAGAUUAUGGUGUUCAGCCAGACAGUGGCACUGAUGACUAUGGCACUGAGGAGAACAUAACAUACCAGAAAAUACCUGUUGAGGCAGACUUCUUAUAUGCAUAUUCUACAGCCCCAGGCUACUAUUCUUGGAGAAACAAAAAGAAGGGAUCCUGGUUUAUCCAGUCACUUUGUGCAGUGCUGAAAGAGUAUGGUCAGAAGCUUGAGAUUAUGCAGAUCCUUACCCGGGUCAAUAGAAAGGUGGCCCUGGAGUUUGAAACUAAGAACUCAGAGCUUCCCUUCCAUACAGUGAAGCAGGUGCCAUGUAUUAUGUCCAUGCUUACUAAGGAACUCUAUUUUUCCCCCUAAUAAAAUCCAUGCAUUUAAUUUUUUUAUUUUAAAUUUUUUCUCUGCAAUGAGGGUUAAGUGACUUGCCCAGGAUCAUGCAGCUAGUUAGUGUCAAGUGUUUGAGGUUGGAUUUGAACUCAGGUCCUCCUGAAUCCAGGGCCAGUGCUUUAUUCACUGUGUCACCUAGCCACCCAAAUCCAUGCAUUUUAAUUUGUAUGCCAAACCAGUAAAUCAUAGGUAUGAGGUGCAUUUCCUUGGUAAUUAAAGUUGUACACCUUGAGCCUAAUACAAUACAAUUGUAAGGUUGGGUUGGGGGGGUUGGGGAGAGAAUUGCCAUUUCUGCCUGGAAUAGAACCUUUUAAUAGAACCAAUACUUUGCCUACCUCAAAUUCAAGUAGUUCAAGUAGAAGCUAAUUAGAAGUUAAUAUACAGAGUUUGUAAAGAAAAAAAUGGAUAAUGCCAUUUGUUAUAAGAAGCUAUUGUAUCUUCAAAACUUUAAGAGUAAUUAGAGAUUUAGAGAAAAGAACUCUCCCUGGUGAUAUAUGAUCAUGGGUUUUGAAGGGUUUUAGGGGAAAUUAACACAUUUUAAUGGCUAUUUUUACUUAAUGGUGAAAGCCAGCGCUGCAUCUUGGGUAAAACCAUGGCCUUGAAAUCUGGAAGACCUGGUUUGCAACAUGUGUUACCCCAAGCAAAGUCACUUGACUUAUCAACGCCCCAGGAAAUGAAGUCUGUAAGUUUCAUAAUAGUGCAAGAUCAUCAUAAAUGGAGUGACUUUUCCAUUCUGGGAUUCCAUCCACAGACAAGUGACUCAGUUGUCCUGACCCAGAUUUUUUUAAACUCAAUUUAUAAGUAUGUAUUCAGUUUUUGUCACAUGGCAAAUAAUGUAUGAUGAUGCUUUCUUGGUCUCUGCCAGAAUUCCUGGUAAUGCUAGAGAAGAGACUAGCAGUGGCAGGCUUUUACUUGCAAAAUUCUUAUUUGGAAAUAAACAAGGGAAACCUA